GACGUUCGAGGACGUGGCCAUCUACUUCUGCCCCGAGGAGUGGGCCGAGCUGGCGGGCUGGCAGCGGCGGCUCUACCGGGAGGCUGGUGCGCCGUCAAGCCGGAGAUCAUCUGCAAGAUGGAGCGAGAAGAGACGCCGUGUGUGCCAGAGUGCCCUGGGGCGCGGCGGAGGCACCGCAGCCCUGAGCCAGCAGACGGUGACGUCCCGAUGCGGAGGGAGGAUGGGGAGGUCCCCGGGGGGCUGCCAGACCCCACCACCCUGCUCCCGGGGAUUCCUCAGCGAGGCGGGAGGCGGAGGGGAGGCAUCUCAGCAAAGCUGCUGUCAGCCCGACCCCUCUCUGGCCCCCCGGGCCCGAAGGGACCCCACACCUGCGCCACGUGUGGGAAGAGCUUCCGCAAGAGCCAGGACCAGAAGAAGCUCCAGCAGACGCACGUGGCAGCGCAGCCCUUCUGCUGCCGGCAGUGCACCCGCCAGUUUCAGCUGAAGCAGAACCUGGUGUCCCACCAGAAGGGGCACGGUGGGGAGAAGCCCUUCAGCUGCGCCGAAUGCGGGAAGCGCUUCAUUCAGAAGCAUCACCUGCUGAGCCACCAAGGCAUUCACACCGGCGAGAAGCCCUUCGCCUGCAGCCACUGCGGCCGCCGCUUCAGGCAGAAGUACCACCUGAUCCGCCACCAGCGCAUCCACACUGGCGAGCGCCCCUUCGCCUGUUCCCGAUGCUCCAUGACCUUCAGGGAGAAGACGGCCCUCACCAUCCACCAACGGGUGCACACCGGGGAGCGCCCCUUCGUGUGCACCCACUGCUCCAAGGCCUUCAGGGACAAGCAGACCCUCACCAACCACCAGCGGGUCCACACUGGGGAGCGCCCCUUUGCCUGCACCCACUGCCCCAAGAGCUUCAAGGACAAGAUGGCCCUCACCGUCCACCAGAGCAUCCACACAGAGGAGCGCCCCUUUGCCUGCACCCAGUGCCCCAAGGCCUUCAAGGACAGGAGGACCCUCACUGACCACCUGCGGAUCCACACCGGGGAGCGCCCCUUUGCUUGUUCCCAUUGCCCCAAGGCCUUCAAGGACAGGAAGACCCUCAGAGAUCACCAGCGGGUCCACACUGGGGAGCGCCCCUUUGCCUGCGUCUGCUGCCCCAAGACCUUCAAGAACAAGAAGGCCCUCACCGAGCACCAGCUGGCCCACACCGGGGAGCGCCCCUUCGCCUGCACCCGCUGCCCCAAGGCCUUUGGAAACAAGAAGGCCCUCAGUGACCACCAGCGGGUCCACACCGGGGAGCGCCCCUUCACCUGCACCCGCUGCCCCAUGGCCUUCAGGUGCAAGAUGUCACUUAUUGACCACCAGCGGGUCCACACCGGGGAGCGCCCCUUUGCCUGUGCCCACUGCUCCAAGACGUUCAAGCACAGGAAGGCCCUCACUGUCCACCAGCGGGUCCAUAGUGGGGAGCGCCCCUUUGCCUGCGCCUACUGCCCCAUGGCCUUCAGAGACAAGCAGACCCUCACCAUCCACCAGCGGGUCCACACCGGCGAGAAGCCCUACAAGUGUGGCGAGUGCGGCAAGACCUACAGCCGUAAGGAAGGCCUGAAAUGCCACCGUCGGGUGCACCAGGGCCCGCCGGCCGUGCCGGAGGGUGGACGUUGCGAGGAGGGCAGUUCGUCCCUGGCAGAAGGGGCGAGUGGAGACCAAGACCUUCGCGUUCAGCAGCUGUGAGAAGCAGUUUCGGGAUGAGGGGAUCAUGCUGGCUCGCCUGUGCCCCCCCAGCACCCCCAGCCUGCGGCCACCUCUGCAGCCCGACACCCCUGAAACUGCCACCCGUCUGCGUGGAAGCUGUGGGUCCGGGGUAAAAGCUGCAGGACCCCUCGUCCCUCCCUGACUGGGGGUUUCUUCCGCCUCCGCCUUGUCCUGGCACCCAGCCGCCUGCCGGCCAGGCCGCCCGUGACCACGGGCCUUCCCGGGAGCGGGUGCAGACGGAGGGUGAGCGCUGGGUGGCCAAAAGGCAUCGCCCCCACCCCGGGUUCAGCGGCUGCCGUUUGCAGGAGGGUGUGCGGGAAGGAAGGGCUUCGGGCUGCGUUUGUCCUGAGGAGGAAAGCGGUGCCCGGGAGCUUGCCUGCUGCGGGGAGCAGAGACCGGCGCGGAGCAUCACGCGUGUUUGAGGACCCGUGUAGCCACGGCUGGGAGCCAGCUCCGUCAGACACCUGCGGUGGCCUCGAUGAAGUAAAAAGCAUCGUGUUUUACACUUCUGUUAUGGUUUGAGAAAACCCAUAACAAUUUGUUGUCAUUUAGACAAUUAUUCUAUCACCCGAUGACCCCUCCCCACACGGAAAGGGGAAUCGGGGAAAGCAAGGAAACACAAGGGUUGAAAUAUAAAUAGAUUUAAUAGGAUAAGACUAAAUAAUUAACAAUAAUACUAAAGAACCAGUAUUAAUCCCGAUACUAAUAUAAGAUAUACAAGAAUUAUAUUCAGCCAAUUCUAUCAGCAGGAGCCGUGCGCUCCCAGCAGGGGACAGUAAACGUCGGACCCUGCGAGCGCUGCGGCUUCAGGAGGAAGGGAAGGGCUCAGGGCUCCGGCACCGGGGCAAGGAAUUUCUCUGGACCGCCGCCAUCAAGGGAAAGAGAAACUACACAGCAAACUUUCUAAUUUGUGUAGAAUGUGACGUUCAUGGUAUGAAAUAACCCUGUUGGCCAGCCUGGAUCAAAUGCCCAGGCCUUGCUCCUCCUCAUCCCUGCACCUGGCAAGGCUCGAAAACACUGAGACCUUGAAUCCCAGAGAGCCUAGCUGGCUAUAAAGUAAAUAUUUUCACAAUUUCAGACACUAGAGUCUUCCAAAAGUGGAGUUUUCCCCAGCAUUAGAAGAGAAAUUAGUCCUGUGUCGCUCCACCCAGGGUAACUUCGUACUUUAAGCAGUGUUCACACCUUUAUAAAAGCUUUUGGAGAGCAGCAUGCAAGAGGUGUGGGCUGAUGUGUUCCUGCAGGCAGCAAAGGUGCCGUUGUGUCACCUGAGGGGGCUUGUGGGUGACCCACACACCCACCAGGAGGUGUCUGCAUGUGGGUGCCUCAGCUGCCACCAUAUGGUCACCAGGGACCUGCCACCACGGUCACCGGACAGUUGCCAUCGCAGCCACUGGAGGAGAACUGCCGCACCGUUCAGUUGCCCCCACCUGGGUGUUUAGUGCCACUUGGGCGCCCGGGGGUGUCCGAGCUGCCCAGGGAUGGCACGGGGGCACAGGCAGGUGCUCUGCAUCCUCCAGGAGAUGGACCCAAGGCCAGGCGUGUCCUGGGCAUGGCCACCCUCUGCCGGCAGCGCCGGCGGGGAGCGGGGCUCUGCCAGCUGCCGGGACAGCAGGGACUUCAAAUGAGGCGGGAGGCAGGGCCGGCCCCUGGCCCGGGAGAUGCGCCUGGCCCCGCUCCUCAGCGCUGGAGUCCGGGACACGGGGGCUCCGCGCUCCCACACCACCCGAGGUGCCGGAGCUCGGCUGGAAACAGGCCGGGUUGGCACCGCUGGCCACGCUGCCGGCACCACGCUGUCCCCGAGAGCUGUGCGGGUUGUCGUGCCGUGGGGUCUGGCGUACGGACCCUCCUUUGCUCAUCUGCUGCCUCUUCAUGCUUUAGUGUCUGUCGUGGUUUAACCCCGUCCGGCAACGAAGCAGCACCCGGCCCCCGACUCGCUGCCCUCCCAGAGGGACGGGGGGAAUCGGAAGGGUAAAAGUGAGAGUGAGAUCUCGUGGGUUGAGAUAAAUACAGUUUAAUAUUUAAUAGGAAAAGAAAAAAAAA